UGAAUACACCACAGUUUCACCACAGCACACAAGCCAAACGAAACCCAAGGUGUGUGCUCGACUUUUCCCCCCUGUGUAGCCCCCUUUCCUAACUAUUCUUCACUUUACCCAGGGCACUACAAAGAAAGGAUAUACAGCAGCACACACACAUGGGGCAAUCGGAUACCUAAUAACACAAUACUGUACCUGCUUUUGCCAGUCUGAGCCUUCCUGAAUUGUUCAAAAGGAUCACUGAUACGAUCUGGAAGGGGCUGCGUUGCUUUAAGCCGAGUGAGUGACACACGGAGGGCCGGAGAGAACUGUGUUCCCCAGUGCCUUCUCCAGCCUCAAGUCUUCCUGCGAAGCAGCGCGGGGCAGCCUCCUGCUCUUUCAAACAGCUUCCCCCUCGCUCUCUCGCUCUCGGCCCCCCUCUUCCUCAGACACUCGCGAGUCACAGCCUGCAGCGGCGGUCGGACAGCUCUCCUUCCUCUCCACUCUCCGGGUUCUCACACCUAAAAUGAAAAAGAAAAAAGUUGGCUUAUCCGUAAUUUAUGUUUGAGCCCACCGCAAAACAAAGACUCUUUGAACACUUGGCGAUAUUUCCGAACUGGAGAGAGAGAGACUGUAGAAGACAACUAGAACAGGGUGGAGAGAAGGAAAAGUAAAGAGGAUCCAGCCGUGAUAAUAAUUGUGAAAAAAAGCACAGACUGAUUCAGAUGAUUCUGGUCCACCCAGUUCCAGGUCUAUGGAAAUGCAGGAUCUAGCCAGUCCGCACAGCCGAGUAAGUGGAAGCAGCGAAUCCCCGAAUGGUCCAAACCUUGACAACUCACAUAUCAAUAAUAAUUCCAUCACACCAAAUGGCACUGAAGGUGAUAACAUCACUAUGCUUACCACAGCUGACUGGUUGUUAAGUUCUAGUUCACAGACCGCUGCAGUUAAAACAGAGCCAAUGAGCAGCAGUGAGAUAGCCACCUCGGCAGCCGACGGCUCUCUAGACAGCUUCUCAGGAUCAGCUAUUGGAACUAGUGGCUUCAGCCCAAGACAAACUCACCAGUUCUCUCCACAGAUUUAUCCUUCCAACAGACCUUAUCCACAUAUCCUUCCUACUCCUUCAUCCCAAAAUAUGGCUGCGUACGGACAGACGCAGUACACCACAGGCAUGCAGCAGGCCUCUGCGUACGCAUCGUACCCUCAGCCUGGCCAGCCCUACGGAAUUCCAGCCUAUGGUCCAUUGUGGGCAGGCAUAAAGACGGAGGGUGGGCUGGCCCAAUCGCAGUCCCCGGGCCACACCGGCUUCCUCAGCUACAGCUCCAGCUUCUCCACGCCCCAGACGGGCCAGGCUCCCUACAGCUACCAGAUGCAAGGAGGCAGUUUCACAACAACGUCAGGGCUGUAUGCAGGAAGCAAUUCUCUGACAAAUUCUUCUGGAUUCAACAGCACGCAGCAGGACUAUCCCUCUUAUCCAGCCUUCGGCCAAGGUCAAUACGCGCAGUAUUACAACAGCUCUCCGUACACGUCCCCGUACAUGACCAGUAACAACACCAGCCCCUCCACCCCCUCCACCACCGCCACGUACACCCUGCAGGAGCCCCCCUCUGCCAUCACCAGCCAGGCGCUCACUGACCCCCCCGCAGGAGAGUACAGUACAAUCCACAGUCCAUCAACUCCCAUUAAAGAUUCAGAUUCGGAUCGAUUGCGUCGAGCUUCGGAUGGAAAGUCACGUGGCCGGGGGAGAAGGAACAAUAACCCGUCACCGCCUCCGGACUCUGACCUUGAGCGCGUUUUCAUCUGGGAUUUGGAUGAAACAAUCAUCGUUUUCCAUUCCUUGCUCACCGGGUCUUACGCCAAUAGAUAUGGAAGGGAUCCCCCUACGUCUGUGUCAUUAGGCCUGAGGAUGGAAGAAAUGAUCUUCAACUUGGCGGACACACACCUAUUCUUUAACGACUUAGAGGAGUGUGACCAGGUUCACAUCGAUGACGUUUCCUCAGACGACAACGGUCAGGAUCUGAGCACGUACAACUUCGCCACGGACGGCUUCCACGCCGCUGCGACGAGUGCGAACCUCUGCCUGGCCACCGGCGUGCGGGGAGGAGUGGACUGGAUGAGAAAGCUGGCCUUCCGCUACCGACGAGUAAAAGAAAUUUACACCACGUACAAAAAUAACGUCGGAGGUCUCCUCGGACCAGCCAAAAGGGAAGCCUGGUUGCAAUUGCGAGCAGAAAUUGAAGCCUUGACAGACUCCUGGUUAACACUGGCACUGAAAGCACUAACAUUAAUCCACUCAAGGUCAAACUGUGUGAACAUUUUAGUGACAACAACGCAGCUCAUACCCGCUCUGGCAAAGGUGUUGCUUUACGGACUGGGAAUAGUGUUUCCAAUUGAAAAUAUUUAUAGUGCAACAAAAAUCGGAAAAGAAAGCUGCUUUGAGAGGGUAAUCCAGAGGUUUGGGAGGAAAGUGGUUUAUGUUGUCGUGGGAGACGGAGUGGAAGAGGAGCAAGGCUCGAAAAAGCACAACAUGCCGUUCUGGAGGAUCUCCAGCCACUCAGACCUGAUGGCGCUGCACCACGCUCUGGAGCUGGAGUACUUGUAGCGGCAGGGCGGAGGCUCGCUCAGCCCGGAGGCCCCGCCCCCUCGCAGCGCGCAUCCCGCGCCCGCCGCCCCGCCACAAACUGAGCGCCACGCCCCAGCGUGUCCACACAGCCACAAUUCGUCUUAACCCCUGACCUUUUUCUAAACGGAGGAGAGUGAAUUUAUGGCAGUGCAGCUGCUGGCCCCGGUUACUGUGAAUUGGCUGCUUUCAAAAGCCAUCAAAAUGUUUUACAGCCCUGUCUGUGCCGUGCCUCUACAAGGGUUCACACCUGUGAAGAAACCAGAGCUACCGAUGUCUCCAAGCCUCACCGGACCUAAACUCCACUCAGCCUCCCUCCGCUUCUGCCUCUCCCGGCACAAAGACAGUGGGGUUUGUCUGCCCAUAGAAGGCCCUCUUUUGAUCACCAUUGUCUCUGUGGUAUCCUGUGUUCUUAUUUAUGGACUGAGGGUGUGAGAGCAAGGCAGCCCCAACAUCCCCAACCCUCUCCCAAAAAACCUCCAAGGUACUUCUGUGUAAGACUUGUGCCUUCUCACAAUGCAAAGUACUUUUAAUUCCAUCCCACCGAGAAGAAGUCGUUUAUGGAAAAAGGUUUUCUAAUUAUUUAAGAAAAGAAACUUUAUUUACAUUGCUGAGACAAUCGUGUACAGAAGAGAUCUUUUUUUUUGUGUGUGUAAAUUUAUAAUCACUGGACUAUCCCUUCACUAUUGGUUUAGCUACAUGCUGUUGGAAGGUGGCAAUGCAUUUUCAUUGAAGUAUAAAGGCAUGGUUGCACAUCAGCUGGUGCUGUGCCUUAAAAGUGUUGAUGUGUUCAAGUUUUUUGUUCAUUAUAUAAAUAUGUAGAUAAUGGGAUUUUUUGUGAUAAUUUGUUUUGUCAAGACCAAAAGCAUGGAUGUCAAGUGUCAAUGACUAUUUUGUUCAAGCUCUUCAUCUUCUCUACCUUCUAUCCUGUCCCAGUUUCACAGUUAGCGAUGGCCUUGAGUCUCCUCUCAAAUGAAUCAGAAAUGAGAGCUUCUUCUGAAAAAAAAAUGACUCUGAAUUGUUUUUAGAGGUGUCUUAUUUUAGUGCUCAUGUCUUUGGAACUGUAACUUUUAAACAGAGUACUUGAGAAGUCAUUAGGUGACAAAUCCCACGCCCAGGCAUCCAUGAAAAGAAUAACAUAGAGCAUGUUUAAAAGAAAUUAUUAAAGUGGGGAAAGGGUUUGAUAAUGCAGACGUCUGGUACCUAGCACAUAUCUCAGAACUGACCUCCUGGCUGACACUAUAAUCAAUGUAACUACUAUUUGAACAAAGCAAGGUUUAACCUCAGCCUCCCUAGAAGAAACAUUGAACGCUUAGAAUGUGUUUUAUUACUUUUUUUACAAGCGCUAAAACAAAAACUCUUGUACACCGAGCAUUAUUUUGUAUGAAGUAGUCUUUUUAACAAGUCAUGUUACUUUGAUUUUUGAAUCGUGUUCCGUGUCCUCUGUGAUCGCUGUAGUUUAAAUUCAUAACGCCCAUUUCGUGAGGCUAACCUGGUGUAUGGACUGGCAUUGUCACAGGUCCUGGACCUUGAGAAAGCCGUGAGGCGAGAGGGCUGAGAACAUGUGUGUGCUUUCAACUGUGAAUUUCCUACCUAGGAACUUACCCUAGCUGUUUCUGACUCUCCCUGCCCACACAUGCUCACGGUAGCUCUGUUUCAGCUGGUUAUGGAAGCCCAUAUACGAAACCAUAUUUUUCACCACAUAUGCAACCUUUAUUUUGUUCAUUCUUUUGCUCUUUUGAAAGCAAUGUUUCCCCUGGUGUCAGGGGGACGACAUAUUUGCUGCUAGAUCAAGGUAACAGUAGGCAAUGAAAUAGAUACAGUACUGCAAGCUUUUUUAUGUUGCAAUCAUAAUGCGAACUGGAAAAAUUUACAUUACCCGGGCCUCAUUGUUAAACACAAAGUUUGUUGUGUCUGCAAAAGAUGUGUACAGAUUUUUUUGACAUUAUUAUUUGUUUGUGUUUAAAUUAAUAAAAUUGAU